AUGGCGUCUCAAUUUUAUAUUUACGCUCUUACUUUUUCACUAGUGGUUUUAAGUAUAAAUUGUUUAAGAGACAAUUGGCAACAAAAUUCUGAUCUGGUAGAUGAACAGUAUGCAGCCAGACAUUCUGCAAGCCGGUUUAGACGGCAGAGCCCACUACUAGGUCACAAAAACUAUGCGCAGGCGGUGGCUCAACCAAGUGUGGUGGUCGUGCCUGGGGUUCCUAACACCGCAUAUAGAGGAUCAUCUUAUGGAACACAGAGCGUCCCUUACGGUACCCAAAUGGCUGGUUAUGGCGUAAACAGAGCCCCUACCGUAGUGGUCAGUGUCCCAGAUAGCAGUAGCUGUAAGAAAAGCAAAAAGAAGAAAAAAAAGAUUUUCUCAGAUUUAGAGGAAGACUAA